AGUGCGCGCGCGUCGCGUCGGCGGAGACACUCUCGCGAGACGAGCCGGGCAGGCCGCAAACAUGGCGCCUCCCAGUCCCCGGGAGCCCAAGGCCCCGUCGGCGACCAGCACGAGCGGCGAGAUGGUGCUGCCCGGCUUCCCCGACGCGGACAGCUUCGUGAAGUUUGCUCUCGCGUCGGUGGUGGCCGUCACCAAGGCGUCUGCAGGCCUGCCCCAGUUUGGCGAUGAGUAUGAUUUUUACCGAAGUUUUCCCGGCUUCCAGGCAUUUUGUGAAACACAGGGAGACCGGCUACUUCACUGCAUGAGCAGGGUAAUGCAGUACCACGGCUGUCGCAGCAGUAUUAAGGACCGGAGUAAGGUGACCGAACUGGAAGACAAGUUUGAUUUACUAGUUGAUGCCAAUGAUGUGAUUCUGGAGAGAGUGGGGAUUUUACUGGACGAGGCGUCAGGCGUGAAUAAGAAUCAGCAGCCGGUCCUUCCUGCAGGACUGCAGGUCCCCAAGACAAUUGUGUCCAGCUGGAACCGGAAGGCAGGAGAAUAUGGCAAAAAAGCAAAAUCUGAAACCUUCCGACUGCUUCAUGCGAAAAACAUCAUCCGACCUCAACUCAGGUUUCGAGAGAAGAUUGACAAUUCCAACACACCGUUUCUCCCGAAAAUCUUCGUCAAGCCCAACGCUCAAAAACCCCUCCCGCGGGCUCUCUCUAAAGAAAGGCGGGAACGCCCACAGGAUCGCCCCGAGGACUUGGACGUGCCCCCUGCCCUGGCCGACUUCAUCCAUCAGCAGAGGACCCAGCAGGUUGAGCAGGACAUGUUUGCACAUCCUUAUCAGUAUGAACUGGAUCACUUUUCUCCACCAGACUCAGUGCUUCAAAAGCCACAACCCCAGUUGUACCGACCAGUGCACGAGACACCCUGCCAUUUCAUAUCCUCCCUGGACAAACUCGUGGAACUCAACGAAAAGCUGUUGAAUUGUCAAGAAUUUGCUGUGGACUUAGAGCACCACUCCUACAGGAGCUUCCUGGGGCUGACCUGCCUGAUGCAGGUCUCCACACGAACGGAAGACUUCAUCAUCGACACCCUGGAGCUUCGCAGCGAAAUGUACCUUCUCAACGAGAGCCUCACCAACCCUACCAUCGUCAAGGUCUUCCACGGUGCUGACUCCGACAUCGAAUGGCUGCAGAAGGACUUCGGGUUGUACGUCGUGAACAUGUUUGACACCCACCAGGCAGCGCGCCUUCUGAACCUGGGCAGGCACUCCCUGGAUCACCUGCUGAAACUCUACUGCAGCGUGGACUCGGACAAGCAGUACCAGCUGGCCGACUGGAGGAUACGCCCUCUGCCCGAGGAGAUGCUCAGCUACGCCCGGGAUGACACCCACUACCUGCUCUACAUCUAUGACCGCAUGCGGCUGGAGCUGUGGGAGCGCGGCAACGAGCAGCCCACGCAGCUGCAGGUGGUGUGGCAGCGCAGCAGGGACCUCUGCCUCAAGAAAUUCAUCAAGCCGAUCUUCACCGACGAGUCCUACCUUGAACUGUAUAGGAAGCAAAAGAAGCACCUGAACACGCAGCAGCUGACGGCGUUUCAGCUGCUGUUUGCCUGGAGGGAUAAAACCGCUCGCCGGGAAGAUGAAAGCUAUGGAUACGUACUGCCAAACCACAUGAUGCUGAAGAUAGCUGAGGAACUGCCCAAGGAACCGCAGGGCAUCAUAGCUUGCUGCAACCCCGUGCCACCUCUUGUACGGCAGCAGAUCAACGAGAUGCAUCUUUUAGUCCAACAGGCCCGAGAGAUGCCCCUGCUCAAGUCCGAAGCUGCCGCAGGAGUGAGGAAGAGCGGCCCGCUGCCCGCUGCCGAGACAUUGGAGAAUGUUCUCUUUGGACCGCAUGACUGCUCCCAUGCCCCUCCAGAUGGCCACCCAGUCCUCCCAGCCAACGGGUCUGUGCCAGUUCAGAAAGAGGCAAGCCUCUUCCCCGACCAAAAAGAAGAGACGUCUCUGGAUACGCAGUGCCUCAUCGCUACCGCUGUCAUCACGUUGUUCAGUGAACCUAGUGCUGAAGAAAAUGGCAAGGGUCCAUUAACCGUCGCCCAGAAAAAAGCCCAGAACAUCAUGGAGUCCUUUGAAAACCCCUUUAGGAUGUUCCUGCCUUCGCUGGAGCACCGGGCUCACAUCUCGCAGGCAGCAAAGUUUGAUCCAUCCUCAAAAAUCUACGAAAUUAGCAACCGUUGGAAGCUGGCGAGCCAGGGACAGGGACAGAAAGAUGCAAAGGAAACUGCCGAGAAGAAGGCAGCUGAACGAACAGCCACCCGGGAACAGGCACAGGAAACACAGGAAGAGAACCAAGGCGCGGCGGAGCAGGCCAUCUCCGUGCGGCAGCAGGCUGCGCUAGAAACUGCUGCCAAGAAGCGAGAGCGGGCGACAAGUGACCCCCGCACCACGGAACAGAAACAAGAGAAGAAACGACUCAGAACUUCCAAGAAGCUGAAGGCCCCAGACCCAUCAGGAAAAGAUUUCACCCCUUACGACUACAGCCAGUCAGACUUCAAGGCUUUUGCUGGUGACAGCAAAUCCAAACCUUCCUCCCAGUUUGACCCAAACAAGCAGAGCUCAUCUGGCAAGAAAUGCGUCGCAGCCAAGAAACUGAAGCAGUCAGUGGGAAACAAGAGCAUGUCCUUUCCAGCCGGCAAAUCCGACAGAGGCUUCAGGCACAACUGGCCCAAGAGAUAAUGACCGGAGAGACGCUGGGGACCACGCAGUGGACUACAGGCGCCACGCGGCGCUGCUGGUUUUGUACAGAUGCAUUUUUAAAGUAUUAAACUGGUUUUUACUGGAGGAAA